AUGAGUCCAUCAGCAAAGAAGAGGCCCAAGAAUAGUGUGGAUUCCAAGCGCUCCCUCUCUCUCUCUGUCUCUUAGAUGCAAGAUGAGAAACGACAGGACAGUAUACAGCAGCCUGUCCACAAACUAAUUGUGUGGAACCAACUCAAAAUGGUAUUGAAAAACUUGUCAUUCUUGAGGCUGUUCAGGAGCUCAAACCCCCGGAUCCAAGAGCUGCACAACCUGGCCAGGAAGUGCUGGAACUCGCCGCUCAAAGUGCGGAAGGUGCUCCUGAUCUCCAGACCACCUGUCUUCCUGGGGUCCUACCUCCCAGUCACCUGCUUGUGCCCCCUCAGCCUCUCACAUCCCUGCUGCCAGUGUGUAUCCCAUCACCUGCCGCAGGUGCGAGGCCCCUGGGCGGCAGAGAAGUUCCCUCCGGGGCCCUCCCUAGUGUUCUGCACAGGCUGCCCUGACCGCAGCCGUCUCCGUGCAGCGAGAGGACCGGGCCAUGGGCCUGCACGGCCGACUGCUGUUCCUCUCCUUGUCAGGGGCAGCACCGUCUGCUACAGAGUGGACCAGAGUACUGAAGAGCUCCAGGAGGCCAGGUGCUCCAAGAAGAAGCUGGAGUCCAAGACGUUCAAGUCCACCAAGAAGCCUAAGGAGCCCGAGCCCAGGGUGGGGCUGCGGGAGAGGAAGAAGGUCCGGGAGUCCUGGGCUGCAGUGCCAGGGAGGGGAGAACAGGGGGAGCCCGAGGGCCCGAAGACAUCGAGGGCUCAUCGCCUGACCACUUGCACGGGAGCCGGGGAGAGGCCACUGCCCACUGGGGACCCCCGAAUCAUCUUCCUGAAGACCCAGCACGGCGACACGGAGCAGCUGGAAGCAGCGGACCCGUGGCUCUGGUUUGAGGGGCUGCCCACGCGGAUCCACCUCCCGGGGCCCCGCGUGAUGUGCAGGUCGUCCACCCUGCGCUGGGUCAAGCGCUGCUGCACCCGCUUCUGCUCGGCAUCCCUUGAGCUGCCCAUGUGCCAUCCCUACAGGGUGUGACGAGGCCACCGCCAGGCCAGGGUGGUGUGACCUCGGAUGGGAGCCUGAGUGUGAGCAGAGGGUGGAUCAUGAAAUCAUCUGAUUGGGAGGGUUGGACGGGAAAAUUCGCGA